ACCUGAAAAUUCACUGCGGUAAAAUUCGAAGUGAACGGGAGAGAAAGGAGUGUGAAAAAAAAAAGAAAAAAAAGAAAGAUAGAGAGAGAGAGAGAGAGAGAGAGAGAGGAACUCCCGCCUGUACCAUGGAAUUGGAUUAGUAACGAUUAAAAAAAAAAAAAAGAGAACUGCCCGUAACUUCACAGCCUUUGAUUGACUGCUAAAUCUCCGCUGAAAAGACGUAAUGUACUAGAAAAAGAAAGACAGAGCAGAGAGAGAAGUUUCGAAACGAGAAGAAGAAGAAGAAGAAGAAGAAGAAGAGUUUCAUGUGGCGUUUCGAAACUCGGCGCGGCGAACGAUGAGAGGCAAAACCAGCAAAGCGAGUUCGAGCUUGAAGACGAAGCUAGGGUUACCGAUCGUCGUCCUUCUGUGCGUCUUCUUCUUCCUCGUCGGAUUCUUCGGCUCUACUCUCACCGCACAGGACCAGGAAUUGUCUGGUGCCGGUAGACCGAGAGGGAGAGAAUUGGAAUCUACGGCGAAGGAGAGCGAGUACGAUUUGUUGCCCUCCGGAGAGACCGGUGACGAUUCUAUUACUACAAUUCCGUUUCAGGUCUUAAGCUGGAAUCCUCGAGCUCUAUAUUUUCCUAAUUUUGCAACUGCAGAACAAUGUGAAAGCAUAAUUAGUAUGGCGGAGCCAAGCAUAAGACCGUCCACAUUAGCUUUACGAAAAGGAGAAACAGAAGAGAGCACAAAAGGAAUUCGAACAAGUUCUGGCAUGUUUAUUAGUGCUUCUGAAGACAAAACAGGGACUUUGGAUGUCAUUGAGGAAAAAAUUGCGAGGGCGACAAUGAUUCCCAGAACACAUGGCGAGGCUUUCAACGUUUUGCGAUACAAUCUUGGCCAGAGGUAUAACUCUCACUAUGACGCCUUCAGCGCUGCUGAAUAUGGCCCACAAAAGAGCCAAAGGGUUGCCUCGUUCUUGUUGUAUCUAUCCGAUGUAGAAGAAGGGGGGGAAACAAUGUUUCCCUUUGAGAAUGGCCUUAACAUGAACGGGAACUAUGAUUUUGAAGAAUGCGUAGGUUUAAAAGUGAAGCCACAGAAAGGGGAUGGACUUCUGUUUUAUUCAUUGUUUCCAAAUGGUACCAUUGAUCCGACAUCACUUCAUGGAAGCUGUCCCGUGAUCAAAGGGGAAAAAUGGGUGGCUACAAAGUGGAUCAGGGAUGAAGAACAAGAUGAUUGAUUGCCAAGUACUUGUACAUGUAAGUUUUGCAAUGUUUUGUAGAGACUGCAAUAAGUGCUGCGAUUAGCAUGCAUCUUUUUAGAUUCAUCGCGAGUCAACUAAAGAUUUGCAUAUAUCAUUUUUUUAAUAGAUUAUUAUUAUUGUUAUAUACUUAUCUAUUUUUAGGAAAUGGAACUCGAUUACUUGAAAGAUAGUAGAAAAUUUGAAAAG